CCUACCAACGGCAUGCUGUCUUCGUCCACGCAGGGGGUGAUCAGCACCAGCUUGGCAUCGCUGCUGAACCUGGGUGCGUCCGACGCCGGCGUAAACGGGCAUCAGCUGCACUUCUGCCAUCUCCUAAACCAGAGCGAAUGUCAGCUCACCGAAACACUCAAGGAGUUCACCGUGAUCGUCUACAACCCCGCCAGCGUGCCGGUGUCGCCAUACGUGCGACUGCCGCUAGGGACCAGCGACCGGUCCGGCGUAACCGUCUCUGGGCCCGACGGUGCGAGGACGGAUUCCCAGGUUUUGCCUCUGGCCUCGCACGGCCACGGGAUCCCGGAGCGCAAGGGCCAAGCCACAACGUCGCUGGUGUUCCGGGCGAACAUCGAACCCCUGGGUGCCAGCCUGUACAGCGUGCAGUACGAAGCUCCGGUCGAAACUGCGGCGUCUAAGCCGUACUUCCUCAACCCUGACGUCAAGAGCAGCUUCAUCGAAAACGAACGCUACCGCGUCGAGUGGAACCCACAGACGGGCCUCGUCUCCGCCGUCGUGUUGAAAGGGCCAGGCUCGGCGGUGAAACUCCGGCAGGAAUUCGCCGCCUACCUGAUCGAGCCAGAACAGCUGAAGGACACGCAGCACCGUCCUGGACACUACACGUUCAGCGGAUACAGCGACGCUCGGGAGAUCAGAAAUCCCAACAUUAAAGUUGUGAAGGGACACCUGGUGCAAGAAAUCCACCAGAGCUUCACUGGUUACGUCUCACAAGUGAUAUCCCUGCACAAGGACAGCCCAUUCAUCGAGUUCACCUGGACUGUGGGACCCUUGACGCAGCUAAUGCAGGAUAUGGGACACAACAGGGCCACGGGCUGCGACGUCAUCAGCAAGUUCCAGAGCGACCUGCAGAGCGAUGGCUUCUACACGGAUAACAACGGCUGGAGGAACAUGCACAGGACGCUGACAUUUCAAGAUGGCAACCUGCCCAUCCCGGCUAACUACCACCCGGUUGUAUCGUGGAUCUACAUUCAGGACCAAGCGAAGGACCUGCAGAUGAUGAUCCUUCCAGACCGAACCGAGGGGGGAACCAGCAUGCGACAGGGCCAUCUGGAGCUUAUGAUACACAGACGUCACUCCACAAACGAUGAGCUGGGACUGCCCGAGACUCUUCAGGAAGAUGGCGUCGACGGUGAGGGCGUGGUCGCCAGAGGUACGCACCGGCUUUUCCUCGGUUCUUCGUCCGAAGCUCGGCAGCUGAUGCGGCUGCAGGCGCUGCAGCUCGUAUACAGGCCAGUGAUCCUGGUAUCACCAGGGGAGUGGGUUCCCAAGAAGGACGCGUUUUCCACACUGAAGUCACCGCUACCCAGUACGGUGCACGUGUUGACCUUGGAAAGGCUCUCGGAGUCCCAAGUGUUGCUUCGUCUCGAGCACCUGGCGGUCACCAACGACGCCGUGGAGGUCAACGUCACACGUCUACUCGCAGGCUACCGGCUGGACGACGUGAAGCCAGUCACCCUAGGUGCCAACCAGUAUCUGCCGGGCCCCGCUCGUCACACUUGGCCCACAUCGGGCGCAGAUUCUCCAGAGCGCGUUCCCGACCUGAACAUGCCAACGCCUCAGACAAGCACAGUGCCAGAGACAGGAGACACCAUCGUGAAGCUCGCACCAGGAGAGAUUGCUUCUUUUCUGGCACAGCUAGCAGCCGAAUAAAGAGCUUCAGACGUGAAA